CCCGUCACCCGUCCCUUGCCUUCUCUCACCUCCCAUCUUUACUCUUCCACUCUCCCGUCUCUCGUUUUACAUAGCUACCUACCCACCUACCCACCUACCUAGGCAGACAGCCACGCACAAGACUACUUCCACCAUGUCAUCCAGAUUCACUGGCGAGGUCGUGGCGGGCGUAGCUGUCGGCUCUGCUGCCAUUGCGGCCCUCGUCGCCGGCCUUGUCGUUUAUUUCAUCUGGCGCUCGCGUUCCAAAAAAUUGGAAGGUCAAUCCAAAAAGUGGAAAGCCGAGCUAGACAAGCUCGUCGCGCACCUAAGGGGCCCGCGGGACAUCCCAACCAUAAUGAGCGGGAUGAUCUACGAAUGCGGUUCUGAGGUCAAGCACAUGCGGUUCGAAAAGCUGGCCUCCUUCCUCAUGGCUGAGGUCAACCAGUUGGUCGCGAGGUGCACUACCAAUCGCGAUGGCCCCUUCUUGUUUGAUGCCUCGGCCUACACAGCUGCCGCUGGUGACGAAGAAGAUUGGGGGGACCUGCUCAAUCGCUCGUGGGAGGUUCGCGGAGAGGCGCUAACGGCCAUCAUCAUGCGCGUCCUCAUCCGCCGCAUGCACCCGGAUGGCCCAUGCCACCCUGACGAGAGCCUGCUUCCUCCGGACAUCGUCCACAUCCACCACGCCUCCAAGGCCAAGAAACAAGCGCUGCAGCAGAAGGGCAGAGAAUUCCUGACCAAAAAGCUCGGUGACGGCUACACGAGGGAAGAGUUCUUCGAUUUCACCAGCGGCUGCCUCUGGCGCUUCAUAGUCACCUACCUCACGACAGAGGUCACGCCUCACGAAGGAUUCGAGUUCCCCAUGCAGACGGCCACCUUCAAGGACGAUGACCCCCGCCUGCCCGCCGCCGCCAAACUUGAGGAACUGAUCGUCCGCUUGAUGACCCCGUUCGACAUGCCGGCCGAGGAACUGGCCCAAUUCUCAGGCCCCGAAUGGAAGUCCAUGGGCAAUAUCGGGUCCGAAGUCGCCCGCAGCACGAUCCGUGACAUUGCCGUAUGCGCCGCCGGCCUGGCCCUCAAGAUGUUCUCGGGGCUCUACUUUGCCGAGUUCUACUUCCCGCCAGACAUGCCCCCGACCCAACCGAACGGCGACCGCCGCAUCUUGCUGCUCCCACCCAUCAGGGCUCGCGUCUGUAUCCCCGGCGCCAAGAAGCCACCGCCCUAUUGGAACUUCCCCGAGCCUGACGGGAGCAGGUGGGUGGAGAUCUCGCCACCCGCUCUGUCAUACUAUAGCCUGCAGGGGACGUGGUACGAAUCGACAUCAGUCGGCGAACGCAACUACAUACCACUGAAGAGAGCAGAACACACGGAACUGAAGGAGGCUCAAGACGAGGCCGGGGCUCAGGAGGGCAGCAGCAAGCUCCAGACACAGGACAGCCCAGUGCCUACGUAGAUAGGUAGGUAUGUCGCAGGUAGCUGGCCUUGGGAGAUCAAUGGGACGGAGAGUGGAUGGCGGGAAGUUUUGGGCCUUUUGUUUUCAUUUCACCGAGACUUUGGAUUUUAGGACGAGGAAUCUUUUUUGUAAUUGUCUACUGUGUUAGCUACGGCUCAAGUGCCUGGUGCCCAACUGCCCGCGGGUAUCUAGAGGUAGAAGAAGAAGCACGCAUGACAGACACCUUGGAAAAUGUACCAGCUCCCCGGGCAAGAAUUUUUGUUGGAACUAUGCGUGCGUGCCACGAAUCACAUCAUCU